AUGCCUCCUUCUCACCAAUACAGCCACAGCCACUCCCACCACAUGCCCCGCCAUUCCAUCCUCCCUUCCGCGGCGCCUUCCAUGGGCUACGGCGGCGGCGGUCUAAGUGGCACCGGCAGCAGCACCACCAGCAUGUCCAUGGCCAAAACCCGGCACUACGCCAACCUGCACGCGCAGCUGGCGCAGCUGAACAGCCACCUCCGCGACACGGAGAACCUGGUGCGCAUGACGGCCGUCCAGGCGGAGGAUAUGCGUUUUUUGGGGGGAUAUGUCGGGGCCCUGUUUAUGGGGUCGGCCAAGGUGUUGGGAGAGGAGGGCAUU